AUGUCUAAACUAGAAACUAUUGAAAUCAUUAAUGAACAAAAUUCUGAUACAAAUCGGCUAUUAACUUCAACACCUUCGCUAUCUACAUCAUCGUCUUCAACUUUUUCGGAAACUACAGUAUUAAUUGAUCCAAUUAGUGGCUUGCUUAUUCCAAUGCAAGAAUCUGAUGAAGGUCAAUAUGUAUCCACAGAUAACAAAGAUUUAAGGUACGUGUUACAAAUCUUAACAUUUUAUUCUUAAAUAAAUACAUUAUAUUAUUAAACUUUCAUUUUUAAAAAUUUAACAAAUUACUAAAAUCCUAAGUUGUAUUAUUUAAAAUGAGUUAUUAUUAAACCUAGAUAUGCUAAGAAAUGUAAAUUAUUUGGUUAUUAUUUAUUAUCUAAAAUGUAUUGAUAUAAUAUCUUAUUUUUAAAAUUGGUUUUGUAUAUAUAAAAUAUUAUUAAAAUAAAAAUUAUUUUAUUAUUUCAUUGUGUAUGUGUAAUUCAUACAUAUCUUCUAAAACUAAAUAAAAACCAAUGUUAUUUUGGGUAUUUAAUAUUUUUAUGUCUGUAUUAAUAUCAAAACUUAUAUUAUGGUUAUUUUUUAAAACAUGUUUAGUGAAAUUUGAACUAAGGGCAGUCUUUUUAAAUUUUUGUUCAGAAAUGUGAAAUUCAGAAAAAUGAGAAGUGACAUAGGGUUAAUGAUAAAAUUAAUAUUUCAGUAGCACAAAAUACACACAAAUUACAACUUAAAACCAACAUUAUUUUCAACCACAAGCUAAUUUAAUGUAGGUAAUAUAUUCAGUAUAUAAAUAUUAAAAAAUAAUUAAUACAAUGUGUAUCUAUUAUAAAUUAUAUAUAAUUUCAAAAUCAAAAUCAAACAAGAUAUAACAAACAACACCAAUAAAAAUUACAAAAAUAAAACUAAUAAAAUAUUUAAACUAAAUAGUAUUGUUGUUUAACUAAACAACAAAAUACAAUUAUUAACAACCUAGUGAAUAAAUUAAAAACAAAAUAUUCAGAAAUAUUAUAAUUCACACUAAUGAAAUUUGUGAAAAAAUUUUUAGAUUUUAUAAAUAAUAAUAAUUAAGGUUGUGAAUUUAAUGCACUAAAAAACCUUAAAAAAUGCAUUUAAAAUGUCAAAAAAUUCAAUAAAAUGCCAAAAUUGUAGUAUAAAAUGGUUUUUAAUUUAAUUUGUAUAAUUACAUUAUAUUAAUUAUAUUAAUUAAUUAGAAACAUCAAAAGUGCAAUUCAAAAGUUUCAUAAAUUGAUUUGUUGUUUCAUAAUUCAAGUUAUGUACAUACAAAGCUACGAUUUUCAAUCACAAAAAAAAAAAAAAAAUUCACUUUCCCACAAAUUCACAGCCGUAAUAAGAAUAUUCAAAACUUAAUCCCAUCCCCCUUCUCCAUAAAUAAUCAUAAUUUUAAUAAUAAAUGUGUCUAGGUUAGGUUUAAGCAAAAAGAGUAAAUUAUUAAUAUUGGUUGACUAUAAAAGAAGUAGAAAGAGAGAGUGAGAAAAGAAUCUGUGUGGCGAUGACCCUGGGCUACGUUCAUUAGUUUAAAUAAAGUUUAUUUAAUAACCUUUAUGUUUAUUUUUAUUUUGUGUUUGAGUGGUAUCAUAAUUAAAGGGAUAUACAACAUGAUCUAACUAUAAUUUACACUAAACAAAUUAAUAAACUGAUAAUAAAGUCAAAUAAAUCAUACCUAAAGCCCAAAAGAAAAUAUUAUUAAAAACUGAUUACAAAGUAGAGGCUCCAAACUUAGAUUCAUAAAAUUACAUAAAAAGAUAAAUUUGAUUUGUCCAUUAAUUAACUUUAAACUGCUCCAUCUUAUAAUCUUGCUAAAUAUUUAGAUUCUCUCAUAAAAGAAAAAUAAAUAUGAAUAUUAAUACUUCUAUAAAAACACUUAUGAUUGCAUUGGAAAAAAUUAAUAUAAUUAAUAGGUAUUGAGGCUGGUUGCAAAAUAAUCUCUCUCGACAUACAAAAUGUGUAUACAUUCAUUCCUGAACACAAAAAUGUAAAUUUUUUAAAAAAAUUAACUUAAGCAUGAUAAUAAUUUCAAUGUAAACGAAGUAUAAGAAAGUAUUCAAUCAAUAAAUGUAAUUAUUAAUCAAAACUAUUUUCAGUAUAAUAAUAAAUUAUAUUCGCAAAAAAAAAAAGGUUUAGUUAUGGGUGGACCUUGAGUGCUCUUUUAUCUAGAAUUUACACACAAAAUUAUGAACCUAAUAAUUUUUAUUAACAACAAAAUAUACUGUCUAUAUUGAAAAGCAUAUGAUAGAUAUGUUGUAACACUUUCAUUUUAUUUAGAGGUUCAAAUAGACAAACAGAAAAUUGAGAGUACUACUUAAACAAAAUAAAUUAAAACAUAAAAUUAACAUUUGAAAUAUAAAUAAAUAAUAAAUUAAAUUUCUUAGAUCUUAAAGUUUCCAUAAUAAAAAAAAGAAUUUGAUUUUAUUAUUUAUAGGAAACCUACAAAAACUGAUACUAUAAUACCACAUGAUUAUAAUCACACUUAUUCUCAAAAAAUAUUAUUUUUAAAUUCAAUAUUCUAUAUGCUUGCUAUUAAAUAA